AUGGCCACUGCAGGUUCCCGGGCCGGCAUGCCCGACGGCCCGCCAAGUCAGUCAGUCAGGAACGCGCCGGAAAAUGCCGUUGCGGGAGGUCUGUUUAUAUUCAGGAGUUCGAGGGAGAGCACAUGUAGGUACUAUGGGAUAUCCGAGCAUCUCCCCUUUGUACAUGGAUCAUCAAUGACCUGGGGGGACGUUUAUCUAUUUACAUCUAGUAGAAGGUUAAUUAUAAUAUCCGAGGAAGCCCUGAGAAUUAGAGUGUAG